AUGGGGAAUUGCAUUAUUCUGCAGCAGAAAGUGAUCAAGGUCAUAAAAGCAAAUGGAGAAACGCUCGAAUACAAACCUCCAAUGAAAGUCCAUCAGAUUCUAUCCAAAUUCAGUGGCCAUGCAUUAUGCGAUGCAUUGCCUGUCGUCCAACAUCUAAGACCCGACGAAGAUAUGAUCGGCGGUCGUGUCUACUAUCUUCUUCCUCCGCUGGUUGCUCCUCCGAAGGCCAGAAAGAAGAAGACUGUUCGGUUUGCGACUCCAACUCCGGAUGAAGCCGGAGCCGAAAAGGGAGAAGCAAGUGGAGUUCUGAGGAUUAAGAUCGUAAUCAGUAAGCAACAGUUGCAGGCCAUAUUAGAGAAAGGUACUGGAGUUACAGUUGAUGAUAUGAUUUCUAAGAGUCCGUCUUGCGCAAAAUUGAAUGAUAUUGAUAACAACUUAAGAUGUGAUCAUAAAGACAGAGCUAUCGGGUGGACGCCUGAACUGGAAAGCAUACCGGAAGGAAACUGUGUGGUUUCUUGA